AGGAGCACCGGCAUGUCCAAUGGGCGCGCCUUUGGGUUGCGUCACAUGGGGACUCCGGCGCUUCAGGUCCGGAACCGAACCAGGUUGGUGUGGGCAGCGCUGCCCUUUUUGCUAACCCAAGCAAGUGCAUAUGAGGCGGGUCCUUCAUCUUUGAGCGUCUUGGAGGCGAGCUUGGUGAAACUGAAAAAGGAAUCUGCCGAGCUUCAUGAGCACGGGAGCGGUUUGAAAGAGGUGAAACCUCUGAAGUCACCAUCGAAUCCAGGUGCUGUUAACGCUGGAACGGAGAGCAACAUCGCACAGGUGAGAUCUCUAGAGGCUCGACUCAGCACGGAGAACCAGCGGCUGCGGCAGCAGUUGCAACGUAGUCCGAAGACCGAGGUGAGUCUGUUGACCUCUACGGGAGCCCAGGGUGACCAGAGCUUCGCACUUCUCGUCCGACUGCUGCUGUUGUUCGUGGUGGUCAACAGUGUUCUCUAUUUGCUUUGGAACAUGGAGGGUCCUACAGUCGAGAAGGUGAAGCGACGUGCAGCAGAGCCCCUGAUGAGGGCCAUGGGUAGAGGAACUUACGUUCAGAUCUCAGUGAUCAAAACUGGGGCAAGGUAG